UUGCUGUCUCCCCAUAGCCUGCCAGUCGGUUUUCGAGUCUCAAGCUGUAGAGUCCAAGCGAGCGGAAUAAGUAUGAGCGAAUCGCCUAUAAGUAGCUCUUCCUCGAGUCCAAAAAAGCGCACAAUCAGUGAAAAUAAUCCGGAAGAUUCAGCUGCGCUCUCUUCAAGCUCCCAAAGAGUUCCAUCCAAAGCCUCGUCCAAUAUUUUAGUCCUCAACUACGAUUGCUUAGAAAGAAUAUUCUCACUUCUGAGCUUAGAAGAUCAGUUGAAUUUUUCGCGUUCUAAUCACGAAAUAGAACGCAUCUACACGAACUACGCCCACUGGAAGUACAAACACAUCCCUGAGUACAUCACCAAAAGCCUCGAGGAAUCUGAUCUGGAAUAUCUAGUAGAACAAGUCAACGAGCAUUUAAUUAGCUAUGAGUCACCACUGGAUCCCUCCUCCAAAGACGAGGAGCAUUUGCGGUUACUAGGAAUGCACUGCCCUAUGCUGCAUCGCCUCAAGAUGACUUUCAUGCGAGACCGAUGGGAGGACUUGAACCAAUUGAAGAAUUUAAACACUCUUCAUGCCUUGUUACAGUUUAGUAGCAAUGAUGUCUACGAGAAGUUCUUCUUUAAUCUAUCAGAGAACCUACCGUGCAUGAGAAAGCUAGUCUUGAAAGCUCCCGGCUACAAUGGGAAAGGACUCCACGUGCUGGAGAAACUACAGCAUCUAGAGAUAAAUAAAAAAACCGAAUUAGAUGCCAAAUACCUGACCGAAUGCUGCUUCAAGAUGGAAAACCUGAACUUUCUUAAAAUUGGAACGUUUACCAGAAACCUAAACAACGAAAACUUCUCCACGAUUGUCGCGCACUGCCGGAACUUGGAAACGCUUGGGUUCACCGACAAGAAACAUCUCGAUAAUGCGGCAUACGAAAGGGUUUGUGAGCUGCCCCGACUGAAGCACUUAAUAAUUUUCUUUCCGCGUCGAAGGCCGGGUUUCAUCAAGGGGCUUGUACGUAGGACUGACACUCCUCUAGAGAGCCUUAUUUUGUUUGGAUCGAAUCUGUGUAAGGAGCAGGUAGGGCAUGUCUGUGAUAUUCCUUCCCUCAGAGAACUCUGGGUAGGCAGCGAAGACGAUGAUUUCAGUGUGGAAGGCUUCAUGAAGCUAAAAUCUCUUGAAUACCUACAUCUGCAAAUUCCAUACAUUACUAAUAAUCAUUUGGUGGAACUGCUGCUUGGAUGCCCACGCCUACGGGUCUUGAAUAUGUUUUAUUGCCCGAAUAUUACUUCCGAUUUAAUUUCUUUACUAAACAGUUCAUUGAAGAAGCUUAAGGAAACCAAUCAUGAAAAAAUUUCCAUAUAUUUAGAAGACUCUGGUGUGGAUUGGAAAGAAAACUGCUCCAGCUUUAAAAUUGAUAACAUACACAUCAUAAAUGGCUAUUUAAAAUCUCCUAUUUUAAUAAAAAAAGAGUUCAAUAUUCCAUAAAAAUUAUUCCAACUCCGAUAUCUUUUAAUAUCAGUCAGGAUUACUUCAUAUAUACCUGUAGCCAGCCCAUCUCACAGUGAAUUAUUUAAGAAGUAUGAACAAACAUUAAAUUACGUUACCUCGCAGCUCGGGAGUUACUGGGAGAACAGGAUAGCCCAGCUAUCCCUUAUCCAUUCCUAAAAAUCAUCUCCUUGGUCUCGGCCACGAAGUUGGGAAACUGAUCUCCAAAUAGCUCACUACAAAGUGCCGCAAAAAUAAUAGUCAACUGAGGUGCUAGUGAGACCCUUUCACAAUAGUCCUGCAGGGAUGAGGAGGAGGGAUACUAAAACAGGGAUGGAAAAAUAUUAAGCAAAAAAAAUAGGAUAGGCCCAAUGCAAGUCAAAUUACCCAAAAAAAAAAUUAUUAAAAACUUAGUUAAAUUCUAGGAGGUCCUCUUUAAAAACGUGGAAAAUGCAUGAAGACACAAUAUGUCCCACAAUAUGUUAUCCGAUUCUUGAUCGGAAUACCUUUAACGAUUUGUGAAUAGAUUCUCCUUUAAUCUGCAUCAAUAUCCAAACACAAAAUAUUUUUUAGAUUUUUUGUCAAAUUUGUUGUUGUUGUUGUUAUUGCUAUUAUUGCAUUCAGUUUGGAUUUGCUUUCGUCUGUCAUUUGGCGCUUGCAACAUUUUGCUUUUGCUUUACAGUUUUAAAGUUUUGAAGAUUUUAAGGCUCUGCAGUUGGACAAGUCUUCUCUAGUCUUCUCAAUUCAUUCUCAA